AUGGAGGCCAUUGGUCAGGAGACAUUCGAGAAGGCUGUCGUUUCAAAUCAACUCGCCAAUGUGCUCUUUGUUUCUAAGCAAACACCACAAUGCCAACAAGUUUCAGACUUGAUAAGCGAUCUUGCAACGCAGGAUGAGUUCAAACAGGCAAAAUACUUUACGGUGGACAUUGAAAGCAGUCCGGUGAUUGCGAAGCAAUUUUCCAUCAUUUCCGUGCCCACAUUGGUUUUAUUCCGAAACGCCAACGAGGUGGACCGUAUUGUUGGAGCCGAUACAACCCAAAUUGUGCAGAAAGUGCAAAAGGUUCUCGAUUCAAACAGCUCCGUUGAGAAGCGGCUCGUUAGUCUGAUCAAUCAAGAUCCAGUGAUGGUGUUCAUCAAGGGCACUCCUGAACAGCCUCGUUGCGGCUUCACUCGUAAGCUGAUUGGUUUGCUGAACCAACUUGAAGUUAAAUACGGCUCCUUUGACAUUCUUUCCGACGAAGAAGUGCGCCAAUCAUUGAAAGCCUACUCCAAAUGGCCAACCUACCCUCAGCUCUAUGUGAAAGGAAGUUUUGUCGGUGGUUUGGACAUUGUCCAGGAACUGCACGAAAAUGGCGAUUUAGUGGACAUGUUAAAGGUCUAG